CAUUGCCUACCUGUCUGUCCUUCAUCUUUCUUGGAUUACUCCCAAGCUUUUCUUGUUAGAGAUUAUUAGCUAGAGUGAGAGAGAGAAUCUUCAGUAUAUACAUACAUAUAUACAUACAAACAGCACAGGUAGAUUUCUAGUGUGCUGUUCAUUUGACCAGACUAAUUGUCUCACAGAUUCCUCACAGUUUAGUUAAUAAAAUAGCACUGUGACUAACAUGCAGCAGAUCCUUAUUAGAUGCCUUAGUGAUGCAGCACAAGAGCCUCCAAGUUCAUUCAACAAGAAACAAGAGGAUAAAGAUCAAAAAGGGAUCGGAUUGUCGACUCGGAUUCGACGAGGAUUUGAGCAGAGCGGAUUGAACUGUAAGAGCCCGAUUCUUCUCUUUCUCUUGAGGCGAAUCGAACGCUUCGGAAGAAGGCAGCAUAAGAUGAAGAUGAACACACAAGACAGUGCUCAAAAUCCAGAAUCAUCAUCAUCUACGGUUAACGUUGUAGGCAAUCAAGUUUUACCUGUUUCGGACGCAUCUCAGUCAUCUUCGUCGUCUAACAAGAAGGAAAAGACAAAAGGCGACAAGACGAAAGCCAUUUCGAGAAUGAAAGAGCUUCUCAAAUGGGCUGCAGCUGCUAAGGCUGAGAAAGGAGGGAAAUUUAUUAGUCGAAAGGUUUUGCAUUUUAGGAACAGCAGGGCAGCAUUAAAGGCGACGCCGGACGACGAUCAACUGAGCAAUGACUCCCCGAAAAUCAGCUUCCGAUGGGAUGUGGAGAGCUGCUCCACCACUUCCUCCGUCUACUCCGCGCUGGCUACGACGGCGGCGGCGGCGUCUUCACUAAGCCGUAACCAGAUCCUAAACACUGAUUCCUCCGUAACCUCGACUCCUUUACAUGUCCGAGACCAGUGCGUUGCUAGAUCCGGGAAUUGGAUCACCACAGAUUCUGAAUGUAAGGCUCUCAACACUGCACAGUACCACUGCAAGAAAAUAGUAUAUUUGUAACGGAAUUUCGUCCCUAAAUUUCACGUAGCUAACGUAAUUCUAUCUAUCUCUAACGAAAAAAGUAGAUUAACUUUGUCACAAUACAUACAGUACAAGCAUUUGGUCGACAUAAUUAUGUUCUAAUGCUUAACUUCGCCGUUGCCCUGCAGUUGUCGUGCUGGAAUUGUGAUCGUGUUGGGUACUCAAGGCUCAUUCUCGACGAAGGACGCAGAUGUUACCACGGUACUUAACUAGAUCAGAUCAGAUCAGAUCAGAUGAAUGGUGGUGGUGUUCCAUAGUUGAAUGAGCUUUUCUGGAAAAAGAACUUUGAAGUUAUUAAUGACAGCCCUGUAGAUGGCAGGCAAUAAACUUGUAAGUUCUUAACUUCAAAUUUAAUUAGAAUGUAAUGUGUUUGGUGCAAUCCCAAUUUUAUCCAAUUUUGGUUUUAUGAGUUGUAAUUAAUCAAUCUCAUAUAAUAUAUUUUCAGAACAUACUAGCAUCUUAGGUUAACUAGCAUCAUGUUGAAAUCUCUAGUGUAGUAUGUGUGAUCUAUUGUAUGAUUGUAUUGUAUUUCUUUAGCACUAGCACAUGCAGUAACAAUCAUAACAAAUAUUAUAUAUUACAUAUUAUUUUUAGGGCGUGACACUUUUAUUGCAAACUAGCCCCGACAAGAUAAGUCGUCUAAGUGAACUUAGAAGCGUCGGGAGUUUAAACUCAUAAUCUCAUAGUUAACCAAAUUUUCUCUCAUACCACCGGGUCAUUCUACUUUCACUCACUAUUGCUCACUAGAAACUUUUUCUCCUUUUAGGUUCAAAAUAACUUAGUGGUGUGGAGAUAAAUUUGUAAUCGUGAUGUCAUUAAUCCAAAUCUCCGAGACCUCGUGGUGUUAAAGUCGAAAGUUUACCUAAAACGCAUCGGAAGAGUAACAACUGCGAGAAAAUAUGUAUCACAUUUUGAAUAAUUCAAAGUACAACAUUUAUGUUGUGUAAUAUAGAAAGACUUCUUCCAAUUUUACAUUAACAUUAUGUUGUAUGUAAUGUAGUAAUUAUUUUUCUCAAUUGCUAAAUCGUUGCAUAUAGAUUGUUUUUUUUAAAAUAAUAAUAAUAAUACUAAAAACAAGAAAAUAUAUUUCUAUAUUUGUAUUUGUAUUUAAAUGAUAGUUUGAUAUCAAAUUUUCAAAUAUAUAAGCUCCAUA